UUCUUCUCAUGUAAGUCGAUGUAAGGGGCUUAGGGGGUUAUCCGCUUAGUAAUCUUCUUCCAUAGAUCUCAUCUGGUGUACUAGUUUAGCUCCGAACUUUUACCGUAGCUUGUAAGUAUUUCGCGGCUCGUUCUAAAAUAUUCACAUCUACGAAUUUCCCCUCCCGACGCACAGUUCAUCAUCGCAUCAUCGCCAACCGGACCCCUGACUACCCUCCAGCAAAACAAAUCGAGGGGUAACGGAAUUUAGCUCGUGGCGACGGUAACACAACAUCAAGGACCAAUUGCCGGACUUAUUUAAAUUUGGUCAGGUCACACUCCGAGGCAAGAUGCCGGCAAUUCUGGAUGACCCGUCCAGUCCGACCAUCUACCGCGUCACCGGACAGGCCCCUUUUCCGGACCCAAAUAAGCCGGAGCUGCCGCCGAACGUUCUUCCUCGUCAGGUGACCUUAAGGGACCGCCAAACCAUCGCUACCGUCGUGCCCUUUGCCUCUCGUGAUCAAGUGCCCGUCUCCCUUCUGGCAUACCUCUCCGACCAAUUUGCAAAGGAGAUCGAGGGCGGCGAUACCUACCCUAUGAUAGAUCCUAUGCCCCUUGAUAAGUUCUCCGCGUACUGGUUUCAGAAUUUCGCCGGGAUAAUGCUUCUAGGCCAGAUCGAGAGUGCUGCCGACGUUGUUGAGGGCAAGGAUUGGUCCCGAGAGUGUCUCGGCAGUUUUUAUAUCAAGCCCAACUACCCCGGCCGCAGUAGCCACGUCUGUAACGGCGGGUUUCUCGUCACCGAAGCCACCCGUAACCGUGGUGUCGGCCGACUUAUGGGCGAGAGCUACCUGGACUGGGCGCCGAAGCUUGGGUACUCGUACUCGGUUUUCAACCUCGUGUAUGAGACGAACGUGGCUUCGUGUAAGAUCUGGGAUGCCCUCGGCUUCAAGCGCAUCGGGCGUGUCAAGGGUUGCGGCAGCCUUAAGUCAUACCCCGACCGGCUGAUCGACGCCAUCAUUUACGGACGGGACCUAGGACCCGGCGCCGGCGAGGGCAACGGCGAACCCCUUCUCGUGAGUGAAGAGCGUUUCGACAAAAUCAAAUUCUACCUCAAAUACGGGCGCUACCCGAAUGGAUCUGACCGCGCCGAAAAAAGCAGGCUCCGGAGCGCCGCGACGCACUAUAAAUUGCUCGAAAACGACGUCCUAAUGCUUAAGGAUAAGGAGGUUAUCAGCGAUCCCGUCCGCCAACUGGACAUCUCGCGCCACCUUCACGAGUCCGGCGGCCACGCCGGCAUCAACAAGACCACGGCUACGAUCGCCGAGAAGUACCACUGGAGUCGCGUUAAGGAGACGGUUUCGCAUGUAAUUAGGACGUGUGACCAAUGCAAGGAAGCGGGCAAGACGCCUUCAGUUCAGAAUCAAACUAGCUCCCGACGCCUCACCGUAAACUCCAACUGCGCCGUUGUCGGCCUUAAUACUAUGCCGCCGAGAAUGUCUCCUGUCGAAGCGACUGGACCCGGAAGCGUCGACGCGACCGGCAGGGUCCCCGAGCUACAGACGCCUACGCACAAUGAUCUACCUUCUUUAGUCGGCUCAGCAAAUCCAUAUGCCCAUCCUGGUGAUAUUACGACCUUGUUGAACCCUACUAUGCAGGCGCCGUCAGAUAACAGUUUGCCGUCCCAUCACCCCUUAAUGCAAAACCAGCUCCACCACGACUCCGCAGCCACUCUAGCCUCGUUGCACGAAGCCGUGGACAUGUACCAUCCCAUAGACCCUCAGAUAAUAUCCCAGUCCGCACACCAUCCACCAACCCACCACCAUCCCCACGCAUUCAACUCCUUUCACCCCAGUGACACAGUAACGCACUCCAGCCCCCACCCCUCGCACGCCUCGUUAUCGGGCCACGAACCCUACAGCCCUCACCCCGCAUCCCUCCACGCCUCCAUGCCCUUCUUACAAACCCAGACUCACCACCCAAGCCCGCACCACGAACCCGACUCCUUCCAAGCUCUGCUCAACGAUGACGACAGCGUCGACGGCGACAGCCACCACGCAUUACACGGACACCCCGACGACCCGCCUGGCCACGACCAAGACGAUUUGGACAUGCUGAUCGAUUCGGAGAUGGACAUCGACGACGUGGUAGUACAUGAUCACGAUCACGACCUCGACGGCAGGCAGAUAGAUGAAGAAGGCGGAGCUGGCAGUAAAGCUGGCCUCGAGGAGGGCCUGGUGAGAGGGUCGAGUACGACCAAGCGUAGUAGCAUCUACAACGUCGUAUUCAACACGCCCGGGUAACGACUUGGGGUUCUCGUCGCUUUACAUAUAUCCCUAUUUCUACUUCGCGUUUAAAAAUAUUUGCAUUGGAUACCCAAGAUCUUUUUUUUUUCGCAUUAUGGAAAAUGAGGUGGAUAGGUUAGCUGGUCAGCGUGGUCUGGUUUCGGGAUAUCGGGAUUAAUCAAAGCCUUUAAAGAGAAUCAACGAUACUAGAUAUUCUUCAGAUAAUGAAUAUAUG